CAACUUAGAUGUAGCGGCCCCGCACUGCCCAGAGGACUGUCACAGACAUCGCUUCGUUUGAUCUUCCCCUCGCAUCCUGCAGGGCAGAAACAGCGCACGCACUGCUUUCAGUCUGGGGAAGGUCAAUCUGUGGCGACAACCUACCAGGAAAGCCGGUCGGGUUCGGGAUGUGACGCCUGUGUCUCCUCUCGCCGGGUCCCGGGAGGUGUGUGGCUUCCGCCGCAACUCUAGCUUCUCGGCCAUGGAGGUCCGCAAGAGGAAGGCCUCGGGCGGUCAGGAAGGCACGGCUUCUGCUGCGGGAACAGCCAAGCGGGCCCGCACGGAAGAGCUCACCGGCGUGCGGUUCAAGAUUCAGCUGAGGGACCCGCAGGGCCCCGGGCCGGCCUUGGAAGCGUUCGUCUCUGCUGCCAAGAAGCUACCACAAGAAGAUGUACAUGAUGUCGUGGAAGGAUACAUAAAGAUUUCUGUUGAAUGUGCAGAAGUUUUCCAGCUCCUGAGUGGAGAGAAGCGACCUGAAAGUGAAAUGCUGUUAAUUUUUCAAGUUUUUGAGGCCAUAUUAUUGCGGACAGCAAGUGAUCUUUCACAUUUUCAUGUCGUGGGCACCAAUAUCGUGAAAAAGCUAAUGAACAACCACAUGAAGCUCAUCUGUGAGUCCCUGUAUGCCUCGGGUUACAGGAUAGCUCGAGCCUGCCUCAACUUGAUGGCCGCCAUGGUGACCCAGGGUCCCGAAGCUGCCAGGGACAUCUGCAGCCAUUUUGACUUGAAUAAAAAGAACUUGUAUGCCCUGGUGACUAAGAGGGACUCAAAGGGAGUGCCUGAUGUCCGGCUGGCCUACAUCCAGUUUGCCCUCUCCUUCUUAAUUGCUGGUGAUGAUAGCACUAUAGGGCAAGUACUGGAGCUGAAAGAAUUUAUCCCUUGCAUUUUUAGCUCGGGCAUAAAGGAAGAUAGGAUUUCUACCAUCAACAUUUUGUUAUCUACACUGAAAACAAAGGUAGUUCACAAUACAAAUAUCACAAAAACCCAGAAGGUGCGCUUCUUUACUGGGCAGGUCUUGGUCCACAUAGCAUCUCUCUACAGCUGGAAUGGGAUUGCUGACGUGACCUCAGAAAAUUCCGAGAAUGCCAAGAUGUCCACUGAAGAAGCAGGGAAAGCCACAGUGAGGGAGCUUGUUCAUAACUUCCUGACGGAUAUUUGCUGUUCGCGCAAGCAUGGGAUUAAUUUUUAUGACACAUCUUUGGGUACCUUUGGCAGAGGAGGCAAUCUGACGCUCUUGCACUUCUUGCUGGGUUUGAAAACUGCGGCCAACGAUGAGCUGGUGGCUGAGCUGGUGGUGAACAUCCUGAAAGUGUGCCCAGACCUGCUGAGCAAGUACUUCAAGGAAGUGACGCUUUCCUUUCUCCCAAGAGUGAAGUCUACUUGGUUAAAUAAUAUCAAACUGCUGACUAAGAUCUAUGAGGCCCAGCCAGAGAUUUCCCGGGCAUUUCAGACCAGAGAGUUUAUCCCCUUGCCGCGGCUCCUGGCGAUGGUGAUGGUGACCAUGGUGCCCCCGGUGUGCAAUAAGAUCAUGUUCACCCAAGCAUUAAAUUUGGACAGCACAUCGGUGAGACACACGGCUCUGUCCCUCAUUUCCUUCAUUUUGAAGAGAGCGUUAAAAACUGUUGACCACUGCCAGAAUAAAGAGGUGUGGCAAGAAUCGGGUGUGUACACAGCACUGAUGAUGGAAGAAUUCAUGCAGCUCUUCAGAGAAGCGCUGAGCAAGGUUUUGCCAGAUCUGAACACUGUCGUGUGGGUCUGGCAGUCACUUACAAAGCAAGAGGCAAAACAAGAUGACAAGAAAGGGAAGAAGAGCGGAGACCCGAUUCCGGCCACCUGCACAGCUCACCAGUGUGACGAUGCAGAAACCGUUCUUCUGAAAGCUGUCCUGCUGCAGGUCAUAUGCCUCUACCAAAAGGUGGUCCCCCACGUGGUCAUGCAGUACAACUUUGACUUCAGCAAACUCCUGAAAGGCAUCAUCUCCGAGCAGGGCCUUGGCCAGGAGGCCCCUCCCAUCCUGCAGCACCACAUGCUGAAGGUGGCGCUGGAGCUGCCCGCCAACAAGUUCUUGUGGUUGAAGGCACAGGAAGGCCCAGAUGCAGACAUUGUUAGAGGUGAGCGAUCCGUGUUCUAUUUACUGAUGAAAAUGUUUGUGACCAGCAGCCAUUUAUACCUGAAGUCAUCCACCAAACUUCUCAUCAUAAAGAUUCUUCGGGACACAGGGGUGUUUGAAUACACCUGGAAGGAGCUGGAACUCUGGCUGGAGCACCUGGAUAACACCUCGGAGGACAGCAGAGAGACGGUGAUUCGGUUCCUGGAACGUGUUUUAUUGACGCUGGUGGCGAAUCCCUACACAUACACAGACAAAGCAUCUGACUUUGUCCAAGAAGCCAGCACGCUGCAGGCCACUGUGACCAGGCAAGACACGGAUGAUGCCAGCAUUCCCAUCUCCCACAUCGACGAUGUGCUCGACAUGGUGGACGUCCUGGUGGAGGGGAGCGAAGGCCUGGACGAGGAGAUUGGGUUCUUGCUGAACGAAGACAUGAUCCUGCUCACGUUCCCAUUCAGCGCGGUGGUCCCUGCAGCCCUGGAAGCCAGGAACAGGCUGCUCCUUGGGACAGGAAAUGGAGCAGCAGGGGAAAGCAUCGUGGCCUAUCUGACGGCGGUGCUGACUGACCUCCUCCACACCCAGAGGGACCCCUUGGCUCUAUGUCUUCUGCUCCAGGCUUAUGACAAGUUUGAGCCUCCCGGCCCACCUUGCUGCCAGCAGCUGUCCCGGUUUAACAGCUACUACAGCCUCUGGAUCCCGGAGCAAGCCCGAGAGGCCCGGCCUCUGCAGACGUCCAGCAGCUCCGCACCCCAUGUGCCCGCCUUGGCCUCCUGCUUCUCGGCCCUGCUACAGACGGCCUAUGAGAGCCACAUGCUCUUGGAUGAGCACGUUCAAGUGCAGCUCCAGGCCGCCAUCCAGCACCUCACCCUGCACCAGGCCCUGUGCUCUACCAAGCAGGUGUUGCUCUACCUCAGGAGCACUGUGGAGAACUUCCGCCAGCUGGGCAGAAAUAAGGGGCCUCCACUCCUGCAUCUCUUCCUGGAUCUCCUCAGGCACCUGAUUGUCCACUGUGAGCGGCUGGAUGCCCAGAAUCAGCAGAAGUGCGAGGCUGCCCGUGGCGAAUCUGACCUCUUUUUAGACAUGGAGUCUGUUGCCUUGCUGGAGCUGGCCAGUGACCAGACGCUGGAAGAGGUCCUAGUGGCCAUCCUGAGACACCCAACCCUGGAGGGCUGGUUUCUGGCCCUGGAGCAGCAGGCCCUGCCCCCACACACGCUCAGCCCCGUCCUCGUGAAGCUGCUGGCUGCCCAGUUCAGUGCAGGCAUCCUUCAGCUGCUGGUGGCCAGCGCCCCCAUCCUCCAGAACAUGGGGCAGCUGGGCUUCCUGGCCAAGUACUCAGAGGCCAUCACGCAGAGCAUGCUGAUGGAGCUGCGUGCCAGGAGCACAGGCCGAGCCGCAUCGCCACCCAAGACUCUGCCACAGCUGGAGGCCCUGAGGGAGCUGCACCCAUACAUGGAAGGUGCCCAGCUCCGGGAGGUCACCCUGGCCCUGCUGGCCCUUCCUGAGGCCCAGCUGCUGACCCAGCCAUCCACAUCCAUGAAGGGCCCUGGGAAGGAGAGACAGCUGAGCAUCCUGGGGAAAACCCUGGUGCAGCUGCUGGCCAACAGCCCCCAGGCCCAGCUGCAGAGCCCCGAGCUCCUCUGGUCCUCUGAGUACGUGCGAGGCCUGGGCGCUCUGCUCCCCAUGCUGGCUGUGGAUGAACUGGACACCGUGUUCCUCCACACCCUGCAGAGAGACCCCGUGCUGGCCCCUGUGGUCGCAGCUGACCUGCUCGACUACUGCCUGGCCCGGCAGACUCAGGCUACUCUGGGCAUCGCCACCCUGCUCCUCCAGCAGAGCUGCACCCACCUGCUGCGGUUUGAGCUGUGGUGUAGCCAGGCUGGUGCGGGGCGCAGCCUGCAGGGGAACCUGGACAACUUCCUGCCCCUGGUCCACGAGUACCUCCAGCGCAGGCCACAAGGACGCUUCGCCUGCCCAGCAGGAGUGUCCUCUGCUGUCAUCCCUGUCCUGAGGAAGGCCCUGUGGAAACAGCUGCAAGACAGGCUCCUGAGCACUGAUGGUCCCUCGGAGUCAGCGCUGCAUCAGGAAGUCCUGGCCCAGCUGGUCCCAUUCGCCAGAGCCAAAGACCUCUGUGUGCUCAUGGACCGCUUGCCUGGCUCGCUUCAGGCCCCGAGCACUCAUAAGAGUUGGAUCGUGGCAGACUCUGUCUCAGCAGCCCUGGAGGGCUCAGCAGGACAGCUGAGCACCUGGAGGAGGAGCCUCCUGGAGUCCUGUGUGCAGUGGCUGAUCGCAUCCUUCAGUGGCAGCCAGCCAGGUGAUGACAGUGCCCGGGAUCAAGAGAAGCAGAUGCUGCUCAGACUAAGCGAGUUGUUGCGUGCACUUAAUGACAUUGAUCCUGGUGAUUGGCAGAAGUUCAUGAAGACUGGACUCAAGUUUCGGUAUCAGGACAACACUUUUAUAAAGACCCUUCACGCCGCCCUGCAGCUCCUGUACAGCCCGGAGAGCUCCGCGCACGCCAGGCUCGUGCAGCUCCCCACCAUCCACAUGAUGCUUACCCAGCAUUCCCUGUUCCUGCCAAGCCUGCUGACGGCAGAGGGAGAGGAGAAGCCGGACAGUGAUGUAAAAGAAGCCCUGGUGGAUCUGAUGGCGACCGUGGUGAGGAUGUGCCCCUCUGUGUGUGAGAGCAGCCACCUCGCAGUGCUGCUCGGGGCCUAUGGUGCCACCCUCAGCACCCUGGACCAGAAGAUCUUAUUCCUUCUCCGGGCGUAUGAACAGAACAAGCUCAGCCUCAUCGACUUCCGGGUGCUGCUGUGGGGCCCGGCGGCCGUGGAGCAUCACAAGACGUGCCGGGGCCUGGGCAAGUCUCUGUGGCAGCAGCCGAGUGUCGCCGACAUCCUCUGCCUGCUGGACCGGGACCGGAUGCUGCACACCAUCCUGCACUUCCCCCAGAACCGGAGGCUGCUGCCCCCUGAGGAUGCCCAGGAAGCACUAUUCAAAGACAAGAUCAUGAGAGUGGAUCCCAGUGGCCUGUACGACCCCUGCUUUCUCCUUCAUCUCUUCAGGGAACUGACCAGGCCGGAAUUUGUGGUGGAUUGUCGAAAAUUCUUGGAUUCAAACGCUCUGGGCCUAACUGUUGCGGCCCUCAGCAGCUACGACCCCCAGAUGCGAGCGGCAGCCUAUUCUAUCCUGGCAGCCUUCUACUCACACCUGGAGGGGGCUCGUUUCCGGGAGCAGUCCCAGCUGCUUUACCUGCUGGAUGUAGUCCGGAACGGCAUUCGGACCCCAAACCUGAGGCUCCCUUUCACCCUGGCUCUCUUCAUUGCCAAGGUGGCCCUGCAGAUUCUGAAACCAGAGGAGCACAUGUACUGGAAGAUCAGCAAGUUCCUGCUGUCACACGAGUACCUGAACAUGGACAAGGUGCCGGGCUUCUACCAGUUCUUCUACAGCUCUGACUUUGAGCACAAAACUGAGCAGGAAUGGGUGCUUGGAAUUCUGCGGCAGGGGAUUCGCGACAAGCAGUGUUACGAGCUGUGUGCCAGGCGGGGCAUCUUCCACAUCAUCCUGUCCUUCUUCAGCAGCCCGCUGUGUGAUGAAGUGUCGCAGAACUGGAUUCUAGAAAUUCUACAGAACAUAGCCCAGGUUCCCAGAUCUGCCUAUGAAAUCCUGCGGGACUACAGUCUUCUGACAUGGAUUCUGCACAUCCUGGAGAGCAGGUUUCUGGAGACUCAGCUGCUGGCCAAUGUGAUCUCCUUGCUGCACAAGCUGUGGGUGACAAACCUGGGGGACAAAGGCAUGGAGGCGGGCAGCCAGCCACCAAACCAGCCCGGCUUCCGGGAGCCUCGCAAGCUGCUUGCCCUGCACCUGGUCAAUGAGUUCCUCUAUGUCCUCCUUGUGCUCGUGAAGGACCUGAGGCCCACCUUGGCGUCUGCCCAGCUAAGCAGCUUCUUUGAGAUGCUUGACUCGGUGCUGAGGUACCGGGCCACCGUCCUGCAGGCCUUCAAGGGCAUGGGCCGAUGCACUGUGAAUGAGACGAUGCUCUCCACCAGAGAUGCCCUACUCCUCUUGCACAAGUGGAGCCUCAUCGAGAGAGACAUGAAGCUGCAGGAGGAUGUGAGAGCCACCGUCGAGAGCUGCCGCAUCAGGGACCUGAUGAAAAUGCUCAAGGAGAAGCACAGGCCUGUUGUGCCAGCCCGAGCCAGGCGCCCGAGGGGCCGGAGGAGGAGGCCUGGGGAGGCCGAGGAGACAGCCCAGCCUGAGCUGGCAGCAUCUGCUGUGGAGCGGUGCAGGGCCCUGCUGAGGUCCAUCCUGACCCACUGGGGGCCAGUGGUCCCCGGCCCCGAGCCCUCCCAGGACCAGGCCACGCCUGAGAGCAAAGCCACAGGCCCUGCAUAUGCCGCCGCCUCCCUGGUGGCCAGCUGGGUGCUGCGGUCGGUGGCCGAGUGCCCGCUCAGCAGGGCAGAGGCGGCGGGGCUCCUGGGCUGGCUCCAGAGCCGCAUCCUGCCACAGCCGGCGGUGGUGGCCAACCUUCUCGGGGAUGGCGCCGUGAGGAGGAGCCUGUUUCAGCUGUACAGCCACCUCUGCAGUGCCGAAGGACUGGUAGGACCCAUGCAGGACGUGGCCAUUCUGUUCAACAGGGUCAUGCUGCAGCUGCUGGUGGCCCAGGGCCACUCGGGGAGCCCCUUCCACCAGGCAGUGGAGGCCCUGUGCAUGUCCUCUGUACAGGAGGCGGAUGGCACCACGCAAGCCUCCUCAGCAUUCCUGGUGUCCCUGUACAUUAAGGACCUCUGGCUGGGGGCCCGGCGGCCGGACUCCCUCCUAACCCACGCCCGAAUGGUCUGCACGGCUUUGGAGGACUCGCCAGGAGGGGAGGAGGACGCCAUUGCUGCGCUCUGCAGGGACAUCACUGCCUCGGCCUCAGAUGUGUGACUGCUGUGACUGCUCCCGGGCUCUAGAAGUUUGGUGGAGUCCCGGUUCCUGGGGAAGGCGUGACGUGACAGGUGACAGGCGCCGGACGCUGGCUCAAUUUCCUGACCGGAAGAAUCAGAAGGACUAUAGAUAAUGCGUGUACAGGUGAUCAGGGCAGCAGUGGCGUGGGGAGCCUCUGGGCCAUGGCCAGGGUCAGGUAGGGCUCAGGCAGGCCAGACCCUGCGCUCCAGGGGCUCCCAUGCCUCAGGAGAAGGUCCAGCUGCCACUUGCAGUUGCACAACCAGUCGGUGAGUGUGCAAGCUAAAAUGUCAGAAAACUUGGUCAUGUUUUUGAUGAGUAGGAAGAGUUUUCUCUCUGUAAGUUGUAACAGAAUUUUGUAUGACUGGAUGAAUGAGUGCCUGCCAGUGUUGAUUAUUUUAUUAAAUCAAAGGAUGUUACCCUAAAUCCUCAAAGUAUAAACUGGUUUGAGCUCUGCUUUGGGAGAGCAGCCUGUAUUUUUUAAAGUUGUGUUUCAAAGAGGGGAUUUUGAAUUUUAUAGUCUCUUCAAAGUAAAUGUCUAUUUUUGUAAA